GUGUACAUCCCGGGUUCCAUCCGGCCCUGCAUGCAUUGCAAGUGACACGGAAGUUGGCAUCACAGUAUAGGGGUCCGCCGAUAUGUUGCUGCCGUUCCUUCUAUGGCUCCUCUGGGACACGGGCGGGGGCCAACGGACCCGGUUCCCGGGACCCGGCGGAGUGCCCCGUCCGGACAAUUUGGGAUCUUUCAAGAUCCCCCAGCAGCUGCUCAAUCAGGCGGCUGCGGCCCUGCAGCCCAAUUAUCAGUCCCAGCCCAAUUUUCAGUCUCAGGGAUUCGUGCCCCAGCGAUUGAGUCAGCUGACGGUUCCUCAAGGGACGGUUCGGGGAAAACUGAUGGCGACGACGGCGGGAAAAGGAUUGGUCGCCUUCUUGGGGAUUCCGUACGCGGCGCCACCUGUUGGGCCUCUCAGGUUUAAGCCCCCCGUGAGCCACCCUGGUUGGAGCUCCGUGCUGGACGCGUCGAGCUUCCGGUCCCCCUGUCCCCAGUUCGACUACCGGGGUCGCAUCGUCGGCAACGAAGACUGCCUCUUCCUCAACGUAUAUACGCCAGGGAUUCGUCCAGGUCAGAACAAGGCUAGUUACCCCGUAAUGGUGUUUCUGCACGGCGGCAACUUCGAGUCCGGGACUGGAAGUCUGUACGGCCCUUAUAAACUGGUCGACAAGGACGUCGUUGUUGUCACACUCAACUACAGACUCGGGAUACUCGGUUUCCUGAGCACCGGCGAUGCCACCUGUCCUGGCAACAUGGGCCUGCUAGACCAAAACCUGGCCCUCAAUUGGGUCAAAGACAACAUCGGCCACUUUGGCGGAGACCCGAACUCGGUGACACUCUUCGGCCAAGGCGCCGGAGCUGUCAGCGUCUGGUUGCACAUCCUGUCUCCCCUAAGCCAAGGUCUGUUCGACCGUGCCAUCGCUCAGAGUGGGUCACCGUUGAGCGAAUGGGCCCUGGAGACGAAUCCCCGUGAGUACUCACGACGUGUGGCUGCCGGGGCAGGGUGCAAGGAAAGUUCGCUCGUGGAGUGCCUGUCGCGGACGCCCGCCAGCGAACUCCUUCGCAUGCAACAGGAGAGCAAAGUUCUCGGUGACUUUCCCCUGCGUACCGCUCCGGUGGUAGACGAUCAGGGAAUGGCCUUCCUUCCAAGACACCCCAAAGACAUUUUGGAAAAUGGCGACUUUCAGAAGGUGCCCCUUAUAGCUGGAGUCAACAAGGACGAGGCAGCCUUCUUCUAUCCCGUGUUGUCUGCUUACUUGAGGGAACGCAGCGGCCGAGAUCCCUCGUACGUAAGAAACAUCCUUCUGCCACAGUUCUUCAACAGUGCCCUCCGGUAUGAAGACGCUCCGGCCGACAUCCUGGACCUCCUUCACGCCGAGUACUUCGGCGCUGUAAACCCACUAGACACCAAUGCUGUCAUCCGAGCUUUCAUCAACAUGUCAACCGAUGCCAUGUUCGUUGCGGGCAACUGGGCCUCUCUCUCGAGGUACUCCCGCUAUGAGGCUCCGACAUACAUGUACGUGUUCGAGUACCGGGGCGACAGCAGCCUCCUGGACGCCAGGUUAGGCUUCCAACGGCAGCCUUUUGACCUCGGCGUGUCCAAUGGCGACGAGCUCAUCUACCUGUUCGACGUCACAGCUGAUGGUCUGCGACCUCUGUCCAACCUCGACUCUCUGGUCAGCAGCAGGAUGGUCAACCUAUGGACAGACUUUGCAAAGAACGGAGAAGCGCCUCACUACUCCAACUUCGAGUACCCUCGGUGGCCUCGAGUAACUCCCACCAACGUGUCUACGUACCGCAUCGGACGUUCCCUUCGUCCGAGCCCCGAGUACCACCUGCGAGCCGCAGAGAUGUGGUCUUCAAUCUCGCCCGCCAUCAAUGGUGCUGUCGCACCGACGCCUGCGAUCAGUGCAGCGCAGGGUUACGUGGAACCCAUGUACCGAACACUCGCCUGGUCCAUGGUAGCCGUGGCCGUGGCACUAGCCAUUGUCAUCAUCGUGUUACUGGCAGUUCUGGUGAACCAGAAGAAGAGCCACAGCUUCAGGGCCAGCUCAGACCUGGACAAUUCGCGCAUGUCCGGCUCCACGCUCUACUGAAUGGCUUAUAGAAGCCCGGUUCCUGGAAGCAGCGUUCAGUGAGGGUGUGAGGCGGUGGCCUCCGAGAAAGCGCAGCCCCUCUACGACAGGGGGCCCGUAUAAUUUCCGUGCGUCGCAGGGAAGUAUGCCGUGAAGAGUGGUAGACGUCCGUUGUGCGGAGAAUGGGACAUUCCUUGUUUGCUCCACUGCCCAUUGUGAGACAUAUAGUUAGAGCUGCCGCAAGAGUAUAAUGUUUCUUGUUAUCGACGGAAUCAAAUACGUUAUUAGGCUGUUUCCUUCUUUUAGCAAAUCUAAGCGCACUUCGUCUGUCGUAUUGCGGGCGAGUGCUAGUAUAUCGAUGGCAGCUUUCCGGGGAAACAGUUUCCCUUCCGUCAGGAAUCUUUGCAGGACAUCCUCCCACCGCGAAAAAAAGAAAGAAAGAUAGGUUUGGGAUCGGCAGCUGAUGUAUAAGGAUGACAAAUAUAAAUAAGAAACGUGUAACAAAGACGGGCUGGCGUUGAAGGACGCGGAAUCAAGUUCCGGUGGCAAGUUUCGGUCUGCUUCAAAUUUAAAGCCAGCCACGGUACAACAGCCCAUCUGUUCUGUACGAAACUCAUAAAACACAACGAAAUAUAUGCUAGCAAUUUCCAAUUAUAUAUGCCAGUGUGAUCACCUGUUACAUAAUGUACAUAGUUUUGUAAGUUUACUAAUAAAGUGAAAUGUCGACGCUGUUCUGGAGUUUCCAGAGUUCCGGCGACAACACAAUCAA